CCAAUCAGCUGAGAGAUGGCGUGUCAGUGUGAAAGACAGAAAUGUGAUGAUGCUGAGAGCAUGUUGUUCACAGCCUGGAGUCUAUUGAUUUCUCAGCUCCGCUUGAUGCCAAGAGAUGCCUUCGGAAGAUGGAGGGGGACCAUUGCCCAAUGAUUUUGUGUCUAAUGUGGUUACUGGCCAGUGAAUAAUUUCAUCAAAUGACAAAACUGCAGUAGCUUAUACAAGACAUGCUGGCUGGCAGUCAACCUCACACCAGGUGCUACCAGACUCGGAGUCCAGUCAUCAUGCCCUUGGAGCCACUCAAACGGUCACAGAUGAACAAUACACAAGAGAGGGUAUUUCUGGAGGCGGUAGAGCGAGGGGACAAACCCACGGUCAUACGGUGCCUGCAGGGACCCGACCCCGUCAAUGUCAACUGCACCAACAUGCUGGGACGGUCCGCAAUUCAGAUCGCUGUCGAUAAUGAAAACGUGGAAUUGGUCGAGAUUCUUUUGCAGCAGGACGGAGUUAAGAUUGGUGAUGCUCUUUUGUAUGCAAUCAGAGAGGGGGUUUACAGAAUAGUGGAAAUGCUUAUUGAUCAUCCAAGCAUCAGUUUGGAAAUGCUUGGACCUGAUUGGUCUAAAACUAAACGAAGAGGGGAAGAAAGUUCAGACUACUCGUCAGACAUCUGCCCAAUUAUAUUGGCAGCCCAUUGUAAUCAGUUUGAGAUCCUUCAGUUGAUUCUCCUCAGAGGGGCAAAUAUAGAGUUUCCCCACAUGCUGUCUUGCUCGUGUCAAGGUUGUCGGGAGAAGGUCAAUGAGGACAGUCUUAGACAUUCCCUGUUUCGUAUCAACUCCUACAAAGCCUUGGCCAGUCCUGCCUGGAUAUCCCUCACCAGCACUGACCCCAUCCUCACAGCCUUCAAGCUGUCCUGGGAACUUCAGAAGUUGGCCUUGACAGAGAAUGAGUUCAAGGACACUUAUAUUCAGCUGAGUGACCAGUGUAAGAAGUAUGCAUGUGAUCUGUUGGACCAGUGUCGCAGCAGUGAGGAGGUCAUGGCUGUUCUGAACCGGAGCUCCGACUCGGAGGAUGAGAGAGAGGAGGAAGAGGAGUUGGACUUGACCUCUUUCCCAGAGAAACUCACCCUGUCCAGGCUGAAGUUGGCACUCAAAUAUGAACAAAAACAGUUUGUGUCUCACCCUCACUGUCAGCAACUGUUGACCUCAAUCUGGUACGAGGGUCUUCCGGGAUGGAGGAAGAGAAAUGGCCUGACCAAGUUUUUGCUGUGUAUGGGACUGAUCCUAAUUGCUCCAUUCAUGGCGGUGUAUUAUCUCAUAUUCCCAUGCAGUAAGAUAGGACAACUACUGCGCAGUCCUUUCAUGAAGUUUCUAUAUCACAGCACUUCUUUUGGUGUGUUCCUGGUUCUGUUAGUGCUGUGCUCCACAAACAUCAGUAACCCCAAUGACAGGGGAAAUACCAGGGGACCCCCUCCCUCGGAACUGGAGUGGCUUAUUUUCCUAUGGGUGAUGGGCUUUGUUUGGGCUGAGUGCAAACAGCUGUGGGAUGAAGGUCUAAAAGCAUACACAAGACAGUGGUGGAACUGGCUGGACUUUAUGAUGCUAUCACUUUAUCUAGCAACAUUUUCUCUAAGAUUUGUUGCAUAUGUUCAAAUUGAAUCGGGUAGAUAUGGUGACAGAGAGAUUCCUAGAAAAGAUUGGCCCAUUGUAGACCCUACUCUGCUAGCAGAGGGGCUGUUCGCAGUGGCCAAUGUGUUUAGCUUUUCUCGAAUCAUAUACCUGGCUCAGGCUAAUCAGCAUCUCGGACCCCUCCAGAUAUCGCUGGGCUGUAUGUUGAUAGAUAUCGGGAAGUUCCUGUUUAUAUUCUUUCUGGUCCUAACCUCCUUUGCCUGUGGAAUGACUCAGCUCUACUGGUAUUAUUACAAGAGCCGCGUUCCUGAGGACCCAGUGGCAUUUGUGUCGCUUGGCGAGAGCUAUGCUACCCUGUACUGGUCACUGUUUGGGAUCACUGCGAAGCAUGACCUGAAGAUCCAGAAUGGCCAGACCUUCACUGAAAUGCUGGGGCGCCUGAUGUUCAUGUUGUACCACUGUAUGGCUAUAAUUGUUCUCAUCAACAUGCUGAUUGCCAUGAUGUCAAACUCAUUCCAGAAUAUUGAGAACCAUGCAGACAUGGAGUGGAAGUUUUCUCGCUCCAAGCUAUGGAUGGGUUACUUUGACGAGGGAUCCACCCUUCCUUCCCCCUUCAAUCUGAUCAUUAGCCCCAAGUCCAUCUAUUAUGCUGCAUCCUUCUUCAAAAACUUCCUCAGUUCCUGCAUCAACAAAAGCCGACCCUUAACCAGAUCGAAGCGACGAACCUCCAUUAGCAGUGUAAAGCCUGUUCCUACAACAUUACCUAUACGAGACUUUGUGGAAAUUAACACGACAGAGGCUGUGAUUCAGACAAGGAUAAAUAUCAAAUCAGAGAGCCUGCCUCAGGAGGUCAGUAAAAUCAAGUACCAGCCUCCACUACAAAACCAGACAAGUAUCAGAUCUAAUGAUGAAAACCAUUAUCAGGACAUUAUGAGGAGACUAGUGAGCCGGUACAUCCAUCAAUUUAAGAAGGACAGACAGCUGGACGGAGUGAAUGAGGACGACCUGUUAGAGAUCAAACAAGACAUCUCGAGUCUCAGAUUUGAGUUAAGAGCCGACAGAAAAAGAGAAUCUUGCCUAGCUGUCUCUCUGUUGCAAAGUACGAAACAAGAAAUCCUGUCCAUCAUACAGGAGUUUAACAGGGCCAGCUACCCACAGCAAACAGGGGGGUAUCAAGGUCAUAGUCCCCAGAGUAAUUCCCAGGUCAGAGGGCAUAUCAGUGACAGGGGUCAUAUGUUGUCUUCUAAUGACCUUGAGCAGUUGAAAGAGGACAUAAUCAGUGGAAUUUGUUCCAGGUUACAGGACAAUUUACAGCCUUUUCAGGGAGUGGAAAGACUACCAUCCAUUGACUCAGAUCUCUACACAACACAUCUGUACACACAACUGUAACUUACAUAGGUUCAUUUAAUUUUGAAUCAUUUUGCACCUUCAUUGUAUAACAUUUUAGCAAAACAAGAGGUUCAGAAUGUUCUUGAUAGUCUUUUUUUCACUCCAUGUAAACUUGAAUGUCAAUGGAGACCAAAUUUUUGCAAGAAUAAUGUAUUCAAAUUUUUGUUGUUAGAGCCCAUUGGCGUCCUGUAGCAUUGCUUUUAAAGUUUUCAGAAGAGAAAGAAUAUCAUUGAAAUACAUAGAUCUUGCUUUUUUAUGUAAAGAGUAUACUCAAAUUGUAUGUCUUUGUGUCCUAAGAAAAUAAAAUUGCUAUCCUUAAUUUUUAAUUUUGAAUUGAUAUUCAUGAUUACAUGUAAAAGUUUAGAUAUUUAAUGGUUAUAUAGUUAUCAUGUACUGUGGUAAAGCUGUGUGUGGACUGUUAUAAACUAGCCACUCAGCUAUGACUUUUAUUUCAAAUAGAGACAUUUUGUGAUAUUGUAGUUGUGAUAAAGUACUUGUGAUACUGUACCUGUCAUUCCUGGCUCCACUAACUCCUGUACAUUCCAGUGUCUGAUUGGUUUUUUUUUCUUUUUCCAACUGUGAAUUGAUGUUUGAAGGACUAGAAUUCAAUUCAGUGGAAAAAAUAUCCAGAGCAUUUCCUUGUUUAAGUUUUAUUUUUGGAAGCAAUGUGUCACAAUGAUGAUUGACUGGUGAACUGUGCUAGAAGUGUGUUGAGAGGUGUCUAAAUUUUAGCUUAUAUUUUAUUAUUGAUGCUUUUUGUUUUCUAUCUCAUUAAGAUUUUAACUGUGGUAUUUUAAGUGUAGUUUUUAUUGUUUUGUUAAAAAUUGAAUUCGUUUAAACUGUAGCAACAGUAUAACACACUGUCUGAUGCAGGUGAUCAAACGGUCAUCAUGGGGCGAUGGCGGUAACGUAAGAAUAUUGUCUGAUUCCUGAAUGUCAUCACUCAUGCUUAAAUCAUGUGCCAUAUGUGAUCGUAGUACAUCAAGACCUGAUACCAUUUUGUUUGUAAUUUAUACAAUAAAGAUUUACAGAAAUAAUACAGAAA